AUGUCGCCUAACAGCUUCGAUGCCAGACCCAGGCGAGGGGUACGGGUUUCGUGUGAUUCGUGCCGACGCAUGAAAAUAAGAUGCGACAGACAAGGAAGCAACAACUGCUCCAAUUGCCGGGCGCGAAGCAUGUCGUGUAUCCUCACCCCAGUGGAAAGGCAAAGCACCAAAGUGAAAAGAGCACAGUUCCUUCAUUCGAUAGAGUCUCGAAUCGAGCGGAUGGAAGCACUCCUGUCCGGCUUCACCGAGACACCGUCUAUCGUUGAAGAGCCUAGAGUGCCAGAACCGAGAGAUAGCCCACCCAGCAUAGAGAAAGACCUUUCCAAUCUAAUCAUAUCAGACUCUGGCGAACAGAAAUACGUCGGUCCCUCGGACUUUUCUCUCUUCUCCCCUCGAGGUUUGGCCUGGAUUCAGCGCAAGACUGGAACCACCCGUGUAACAGUCAUGUUUGAGAAGCUUCGGCGAUUUGGUCCAAUGUGGCCUUCCUAUAGGAUCGAUCAGCUGUCGGGUGGUGGACGUGCUGCUGGGUGUCGCCUCCCAAUCAAAGAGGCAGCUGUACAGCUCGUCAACAAUUAUUUCAGGACUUUCAACUCCAUUUUCCCUCUUUUCGACCAGAAAUCAUUCUGGACUCUAUUCCACCAGCAAUAUUCAACCGAGCCUCCUUCGAAGCGAUCAUGGUUUGGCGCACUGAAUAUUGUUCUCUCCAUCGGCUGUAUCACUGCGACGGACUCAAUAUGGACUAGCGUUCGCGACUGCGAUCCGUCCUAUUUCUCGAACGUAUCAAGCGUGUCAUGGAAGCUUUUCCAAAAUGCUUCAUCGGUACUGUUGGAUGCCCUCUUUCAUGCUAAUGACCUCAUGGCUGUGCAGACAGUCAUCGGAAUGGCUUUUGUCAUGCAGGCAGUCAUGAACCCAGAAGGUGCUUUUUCUCUCCUCGGAGUCGCCGCUCGACUUGCGAAUGCUCUUGGACUGCAUCGAUGGCUUGAAGGCUUCGGCCUGUCCCGAGCAGAACUUGAGCAGCGCCAAAGGGUCUUUUGGAUAUUGUACAUCUUGGAGAAAGACAUGUCUAGCCGCGUCGGCAGGCCCUCUGCUAUUGAUGACGAUGACAUCGGCUUCGGUUUCCCAACCGAACAGUCGCAUGGAAGCGGUGAUGUCAACAUAUCAGGUGCUGCAUCCGGCAACGCAAACUUCUACCCUUUGUACCACAUGUGCAUUCUUGCGCGUAUGGAAGGUAAAGUAUAUAAAGAACUGUACGCCUAUGGUGCCCGAGUGAAAACAGCCAGCGAGAGGCUCGAGGCUAUCAGCAGACUAGACGCAGAGCUUCAGGAAUGGAAGGAGAGCUUCCCUCUUCAUCUAAGGCCGGAGCAUCCCAUUCAAUGUGACUCCGAGAGCAGGUUUCCGAUUGUCCUCCUUCACUUCGGAUACUACCACUGCCUGAGAGCUGUUCACCGAGUCAAUGCACACCAUGAAUUGUGGUCUUCGGAAGCCGACGAAUUUCGGAAUUGCGGUUCUGAUCCCGCGUCUUCUGGCUCAGAUGCCCUGAGCUCUGAUGGUGUACUGAACGUUCGGGUCCAUGCCUCCUAUGCGCUAUGUCUAGCUGCUGCACGAUCGAUCCUUCAUCUCUCGGUAACAUAUUUACAGAACUUGAGCGAUCCCAGAAAUACCCUCAUUUGGAUAAGUCCAUACUUUCCUUUCUCGGCAUUCUUGACGUUGUUCUCGUUCAUGUUACACUCCCCUCUGGACCCAAAAGUAACCGCAGAUCAAGCUCUUAUGGAGGCAACUUUGGGCUGCAUUAAAGGAAUGCUACACACACUGGAUCGAGCAACCAUGUCAUUUAUGGUAGACGUUGCUGGCGAGCUUCUCACGAUUGCCAAAGAGCACGUCGAGAAUGUCCGUACUCACGGCUCUCAAGGAAAAGACAAGAACCUGGCAAUGCAAGAGACUCCUGCCGAUGGGCUUUUCGCAGGCUUCGCGCAAAAUAACCCGGAUGCGAACAUCGAUUUGACUACGAUCAGUAACAUACGAUCAUUUGUGCCAGCAAGUUCGGGGCCCCAACAGGAUCCCACACCAAGACUGGUGCCGACCUCUAAUGAGCUGCCAAAGGGACUCGACUUUCCGGGCAGCCAGUCUGCUACGGAUCCUCUGUAUUCAGCAAAUGAUGGCUUUGAUCCAAGCCUGAUGAGCGACUUGGGUCAAUUUUCAGUGCAGCAGUCCUUGAUGGACGAUCCGUUCUUCUUUGUGGAGGACGCUGGCUGGGACUGGAGCUAUUGA